AUUAUCAAAAGAUGAUAGUGGCAUGGAUAUGUUCAGCAAUCAUAGUCAUUACUUAUUAUUGUUUCAAUGCAAAGAUUUUACUAACAAAGUUGAAGUUGAUUAUAUCCGAGAUUUUGAAAGUGUUGUAUUAAGAUUCGAUAAGCAAACAACAAUCGGAAUUUAUGUUAUAUCAGCAAAGGAUGGUUAUUCGAGUGGUGCUAUAGGAAGAGCUGAAUCAUCUGAAUACCAUUUACUAUUGACGAACAUACAUGAUCUGUGUCAGGAUAUUCCCGAAUACUUGUCUAAAGUAUUGAAAGAUAAUUCUGUCAAUGAAAAGAUUUAUAGGAUAGAAGAAAAGGUGGAUGAGAUAAUUGAGAUACUCAAACAUCAAGAGAA